AUGAUCAUGAUCAUGAAAUCUCAAGUCGAAGCCCACAUGAAAGAGAUAAAAUCACAAGUCGAUCAAUCCAACCAAGAGAUUGGAAAAAGUCUAGACUUCCUAACGGAACAAUUAAAAACCUUUGAAGAUAAGUUUUCUACCUUGGCUGUGGAGCGAGGCGUUCUAGAAAAACGGACAGUGCUUCUCGAAGAGCGAUUAGAUAACAUGGAACGAUUUUCUCUAAAAACUGCCGUCGAGAUAAGAAAUGUCCCCAAUAGGCAAGCGGAAUCCAAACCCAAUCUCGUCCAGGUCUUUGAGAACCUAACUAAAACUCUGAAUGUUCAAAUUCCGAAGAGUGAACUUAUGGACAUGUACCGACUGCCGGCAAAAAAAGGUUCCACCACAUCUACACUCGUUGUCGAAUUUACCAAUACUUGGACUAAAAUGGCUAUGUUAGAGGCAGUCACAAAAUGUAGAAAAAACCGAUCAGAACAACUAAACUCCAAACACCUUGGUUUCGUCGGGGAAGUAGUUCCUGUUUACAUCUCGGAAAGAUUAACCUUGAAAACCAGACGACUACACUUCCUAAGCAGGGAAUUAGCAAAGACAGAAAAGUACGCCCACUGCUGGGUUAAAAAUG